AGAAAAAAAGAAGUUAUAACUUGCAGCAGAGAAUACAGGAGCUUCCAAUCUAGCAACCAUGAGGGCGCUUUUUAUUCUCAUGUCGACCGCUUUGGCGGUUGCUAUGGUAGCUAGUCAGCCUCCCCCGUUCACUCCAUGGACGAUGCUGCCCCCUGCUGAUCCGCUUGAGCCAUUCCAAAACCCAGGAGAGAUCGUUCCCAACACCGGUCUAACGAUCCAGUAUCUGAUCAACGCUGCUGGGGGCAUCUGGCAACAGGACCGUGCCAUUGACUCCGCGGCUUAUUUUUGCAAUGAUGUCCUCCCUUUCAUCGCUUCGGUAGUACCGGAAGUGGAUGGUUCGAGUCUUAUUUGGGGUCCACUCUGCGAUGAAGUCAGGGAAGCGUCGAACGACCUUGAUAAUUUCGAUGCAACGGGCUGGUGUAAUGGAAUAAUCGAUAUGUUCUUGGAUCCAACAGCCCAGGUAUAUGGUGGAAGGGUUCGAAGACAAUCUACCUCGAUGGAGUAUCCUGGACCCAUGGAACUUCCUUUUGAUAUCGUUGAAAUUUUAGUCAACAUAACCAGGGAUCUCUAUGGAAUAGAUAUCAACAUGAUCAUCGAGGAUGUAUCCAUGAUCAGAACCAUCUGCAACACCAACAUCAAGGAUCACUUCCUGCGGCGGUCCCUUGAGGACGUCAUAACUACUUUCGGCUCUGAGCUGAUGGCUGUCCUUCUACCUCAUGCACGUCCGAUCUGUCAAGACUUUGACGGCUUCCUUCAGAGCUUAAUGGUCAACUCAUCUUUUGGGAAAACUAUCGCCCAAGAUAUCCGUGAGCUAGUAGCCCAAGCGGUCGGCUUCAGCAAUGGAGAUGCCCUUUGUGAGAACAUCCUUUCAACACUCGAAGAUGGAAACAUCGAGGCUAGACGCUCAUUCUCAGCUGCUCGGAUUUCUAGCGCUUUCAGAAUUCCGGAAAGUGCAGACAGAUGCUCCGUGCUGCUCAAUGGUCUCAUUGGUGACGUUAUCGAACCGAUUGUCCAAUUAGGAAACCCGAAUGACAUGAUGUUUUCAAUAACGGAUGAGAUGAUUUACAAGUACACUGGAUUUCAGGGACCGGACCCCGUGGAUAGAAUGUGUCGUUUCGUGGAAAUUGCUUUCACUACACUGGUGGAUCUUCCUGAUUCAGUACCAAUUCAACUUAUCCCAGAGACAAAUCUUAGUGUUGAGUUCUUCAUCAACGCGGCAGGGGGUCUGUGGCUUCGUGAACGAACAAUUGAUUCCUUUGAUUUCGGUUGCAGAGAGAUCCUCCCCGAUCUUCUCAGGCUGGCGCCCUCUUUGACCAACUACGCUGCCUACUAUGAGCCAAUCUGCAGCGAGAUCCGCGAGGCAGCAAAUGACCUCGAUGCGUUUGACGCAGAGGGGUCGUGCAACGAUUUGAAAGCCACCUUUAUGAACCUGAUUAACCAGGAUGUCGGCAGAAGGAGGCGAAGGCAGACUGAUGAUCCUAUGGCUCCGAGUAUCGACAUCAUCGAAAUCAUGGAGGAUAUCCUCAGAGACGUCUACAACAUUAAUAUCUCGGACCAGUCCACCGUAUGUCCGAAUAUCGGCCAGUUCCUUGGUCCAGCCUUGCCUGACUUGGUCACGAGAUUCGUCGGAGAGCUGACCAACCCCUUGCUUCCUGCGUCAAACUACUACGCGUGCUCAGACUGGACUGAAUAUCUUCCUAGUGUUGGGAUCCACGCUAAUUCUACCUAUUACCCUAUCAUCUUGGCAGCAGCAGAUAUAGGAUCUCGAAUGCUCGGAUAUGAAAAUAGGAAUGACAUCUGCACGGCUAUCCAGGAAGCUCUUACAAAUGGAGAUGAAGCUGGGAAGGGUUUCGGGAGGAAUGCCUUUGAGAGUGUCAUUGACAUCUUCACCGACGUUGACAUGUGUAUUAGGAUCGGGACGGACGCAGUUGAUGACAUCGUUGAACCCCUCGUUCGUGUCCUGUAUGAUCAUGAUGAAUAUGAAGUCACAAGAUACAUGAUGUCCCGCUACACCGGAUACAGUACCGUCCAGGAAAUCUGUAUCGCACUGGAAACAGCAUUCACUCAAUUAUUCAACAGUACUUUGACGGUGACGAUUACCGUUGAAACCCUGAAUGGAGAAGAACUUCAGUUCACGGACGACCUAAACAACAAGGAGUCAGCUGCCUUCAAGAGACUUGAAACAGCCUUCUGCGGAGGGGUUGUGAAUCUCAUUGAGAACGAGUCGGGUGCUCGUCGAGUGGAAUGCGAGGUGGUGUCAUUCAGCCAAGGAAGCGUUGUUGCUGCGUUGGACGUGAUGGUCUAUGCCACAACCCAAACCAACGCUGAUGGCAUCGCGGAAAGUGUGACCGAGCUGUCUGUCGACGUUCUUUCGUUUGACGGAGUUUCUCUGGGCGUUUCAGAGAUCACAACCAUGGUAACUGGAGGUGCUGGAAAGAUUGGAAGCCCGUCCAUUGGAGCAAUCAUAUUCUUUGCCUUGGGCGUGGUUACGGCGGGACUAUGGUAGAUCUGCCUUCUUUGGUGAUGACGUAAAUUCCUUUGAACGGAUAACAAACAUGACAAGGAAUCGCCGUCAAUUCCAACUCAUGGACACGCAAAUUAAUUUUAAGUUAAAGGGGAGUGAACCGUGUAUGGUCUCACAUUGACUGUGUGUUAUAAAUACAUAGUCUUAAACUAUACUUUUUUCAGAUAUCUAAUAAUACAACAGAGAAUGAAUUGACCUAUAAUUGUAUUUGUUUCGAGAAACUAAAAUAUUUUGAGAGGAAGAGUAAUUGUUUUGCUGCUUGGUUGCCUUGGUAACAUAAUUAUUGCGGUAUAAAUGUAUUGGGAAGUAAUAACAAGUGAUAUCUUGAAAAUGUAUAUUUUAUUGUUAAAAUAUCGCAAUAAACUUGGUAGACAAACAAACUUUGUAUUUAAACUAAACAGAGAAAAGAAUUAUUGAUAAUGGAAUGUUAUAGUUCUGCAAAUAAAUCAAGUAAUGACAAGUAAAACUUUUAAAGUUAUAGACACGGACAUCUUUAUUUAUAUUUAGUGAUAGUGCUAAGGUUUGAUGAUAAUUUUGUAUUGAAUUUACACAGAAAACAAAAUAUUUAGAAUGGAAUGUUAGUUCUACGAAAAGAUCAGUAGUGAUAACAAGUAAAAAACUUGAAAACUAAGGACACAAAUAUCCAAUAUUUAGUACUAAGAUUCAAUUAUAAACUUGGUGGAGAAACUAAGUAAAUAAUGUACACAGAGAAAAUCAUUAUUUCAAAUAGUUUAAUAGUUAUACGACUGUCAUGGGAGCAAUAUUAUCAAUAAUUGAAGACUUGAAAACGAAAGGUACAGAUACCCUUGUUUAGUACAAGCUAAUCAGACAAGUGAAUUAUUUAAAAUUUAAUGAUAGUUUUUACGAAACACGUCCGCUAUCGCCAGAAAUUCGAAACAAUAUUGGGAUUGUGCCUUACUUCGCUUUUACAGUGUCCUGAGCUUUGACUAACGUCCAAGCACUGGACUCCGUCUUACAAAGAGUUGCAAUUGAUCCAAUCAACCGUAACUCUAAGGAAAUCCAUUAGGGUCAUAAUUUAUUCUACAGGAGUUUUGCAAAAUGUCCUUUGUAAACAAAGAACACACCAAAUUGUCGAGAAAUCAAUGAAUUUAUAAUGUAUGUAUGAUUUGUAUUUGCUUAUGCUGAUAAUGGAAAUGGAAAAUAAACUUGAACUUGAACUUGAA